CAUAAUGGAUUAUACUGUGCGCCGGCAGUAGCUACUGUGAUAGUUUUCCUGAAGGAUAUGGUGAAUGAAAGAGAGAGGAGAGCGAUAGAGGAGAGAAAAAUGUUUCUAUGAUCGCUGUGUCCCGUAAGUGUGGUACUUCAUGUCGCAAGGAAUUACGGACGGACGGACACAGACUAAACAUUUUCAAAGGAUUAUAACAUGACCCACCGGCAUAGGAGGAGACUGGCCACGUACUUUCUACUAGGCCUCUCCCUGCUCCAGUGUGUGCGCUGCCUGCCGGAGGAAAUUAAGAUAGGUGCGCUGUUUGGUAUCGGAGAUGAGGAGGCAGCGGUGGAGAACGCCCUCAUCUACGCCGUGUACCGCGUCAACCACGAGCCAGACCUUCUGCCAAACACCCGUCUGUCGUUCAAUAUCACCAAACUCCCCAUCGACGACGGCUUCAGGGCGUCCAAGAAAGUGUGCCAUCUCGUAGAGUGGAGCGCCAUAGCGAUGUUUGGACCUCGGAAUCCAAUUCUUGCCGGCUUCGUGAACUCGCUGUGCGGGUCGAUCCAGGUUCCGCACAUCGAGUUCCGGAUGGAUUCUGGGAUCGAUACCCACCCGACCCUGUCCGUCAACCUGUACCCUCAGAUGGACCAGCUGAGCAAGGCUUUCAUGGAUCUCAUUCGGAAGUACGACUGGAACCAGAUGCUGGUCAUCUACAGUAGUACGACUGAUUUGUUGAAAGUCCAGCGCAUAAUCCGAGGCUCGUUUAAACCGACCUUUGACAUCAUGGUACGCCAGGUGGACCAGACUAACAUGCGAUACGUGCUGAAGGAGGCCAAAGCAAAGAAGUGGACCAACAUGCUGGUUGACCUUGACCUUAACUACACUAGCCUGCUUCUCAAAAUGGCUUUGCAAGAAGGGAUGAUAGAUCCAUAUCACCAUUACAUACUAACGAGCAUGGACGUGGAAUCGAUCGACAUGGAGAACUACCGCUACAACUACGUCAACCUGACUGGGUUCCGACUGAUAGACUACGAGACCUUGUACGUGCAGCAAAUCAUGAAGGCCAUGGAAGUCUACGAAAUACAGACCAACAAGGUGAUGCUCAACAAAAGCGGAUAUAUAACUCUCCCGCACGAAGCUGCUCUGCUGUUUGAUGCGGUUCAUCUGUUGGCGUACGCGCUGGACGCGUACGAGAAGGACGCGAUCCUGAGACCCGUGAACACGAGUUGCGAUCGUCCGUCCCCGUGGUCGUCGGGCCCCAGUCUCUACUCGUAUCUGACCAAGGUUUCCGUGCCAGGACUGACGGGGAACAUUCAUCUACAUCAGGGUAGGAGGUUCGACUUCACGUUAAAUAUUCUUCAACUGAAAACAGCCGGUCUGGAAAAGGUUGGAAUGUGGGAUGUCAACACUGGGAUCAACUUUACUUACAAACAAGGCUUUGGCGAUGGAAGUCCGUUUGGAAACAAAACUCUGACAGUUACCACAAUACAGGAAAAGCCUUACAUGAUGCCACGUGAAAGUCCCGACGAGAAUGGACAGAUGUACGAAGGCUUCUGUGUCGAUUUGCUCAAGGAGUUGUCCCGGAUCGUAGGCUUCAGGUACAGAAUCCGGCUCGUCCCGGAUGGAAAUUAUGGCGCCCCAAACGACGAUGGAGUGUGGAACGGGAUGGUGGGGCAAAUCAUAGAGCGGAAAGCAGAUCUCGCAGUGGCCCCACUGACUAUCAAUUACGUGCGAGAACAAGUGAUAGACUUUACAAAACCAUUUCUUAAUCUCGGAAUAACGAUUCUCUUCAAAGUGCCCAAGAGGGAGAAGCCGGGAUUGUUUUCAUUCCUUAACCCCUUAGCCAUCGAGAUCUGGCUGUACGUGAUAGCGGCGUACCUGCUCGUCAGUUUCACGAUAUUCAUCCUGGCCCGGUUCAGCCCCUACGAGUGGUACAACCCGCACCCGUGCAACCCCGAAGCCGAUACCGUGGAGAACACGUUCAACUUGUCCAACAGUUUCUGGUUUACCGUGGGAACGCUGAUGCAGCAGGGGUCGGAUGUUAACCCCAAGGCUGUGUCCACAAGGAUAGUAGGGAGUAUAUGGUGGUUCUUUACGUUGAUUAUUAUAUCGUCGUACACUGCCAACCUGGCUGCUUUCCUCACCGUGGAGAGAAUGGUAUCUCCCAUUGAAAGUGCCGAGGAUGUGGCCAAGCAAACGGAGAUAGCUUACGGGACGUUGAAGAGUGGAUCAACGAUGCAAUUUUUUAGGGAUUCAAACAUAGAUACAUAUAAAAGGAUGUGGGCUUUCAUGAAGGACAAAGAACCAAGCGUUUUUGCAUCUACAUACGUCGACGGCAUAAAGCGGGUUAAACAAGGUGGUUAUGCCUUUUUAUCCGAGUCUACCAUGAUUGACUAUAUUACCCAGCGAGACUGUGAACUUAUGCAAGUCGGAGGUCUCCUCGAUUCCAAAGGCUAUGGAAUUGGUACUCCGAUAAAUUCGCCAUACCGUGACAAGUUAUCGAUGGCAAUACUGGAGCUUCAGGAAAAUGGUCGAAUUCAAAUGUUGUACAACAAGUGGUGGAAAGGUGCGGACACGUGCGUGCGAGAUGAAAACAAGGAUUCUAAAGCCAGUGCGCUAGGGGUGGAGAACGUGGGCGGAAUCUUUGUGGUACUUCUCGUUGGUUUGGCCUUGGCGGUGUUUGUUGCCAUCUGCGAGUUUGUUUGGAAGUCCAAAAAGGAUGCCCGUGAAGAUAAGGAGUCAGUUUGUGUCGAGAUGGCGGAGGAAUUGCGUUUUGCGAUUCGAUGUUUGGGCUCUACACAGAAGCCGCGAUUCAAGAGGAACUGUUCCAAGUGCAAGUCUAAACGACACAGUCAGUGCGGGGACGUCCCGGAUUCCGUGAACGGCAUCAUUCAGCUGACGGAGGUACGAAAGUCGCCGCUGCGGUGCUCCAAAGAAUUCGAGAGCGAAUUUAGGCCAGAAUAUUCCCAGGCACGUGACUUUAAUGGCGACUACCUCCACGUGGAAUACAGUGACGUUGAGACCUAGAACAGCGCAGGGCAGUAUUGUUUCUUGUUGAAAAGUGGUUGGACAACUGCUACUCGGAUGGCCAAGAGUCAAAAAGUGCCUUAAGAGGAGACGAGAAAUGAUGCCAGACCAACAGGGUCCAUGCUUAUGAAACUUCAGAGUCUGGAAUCAAAGACUCAGUAUGUUUGGCGCUAACAUUUUAUGAUGUUAAAAGAAUGUGGUACAAAAAUGUUUAUGGUGUUAAAGAGUGUAUGUCUCUAAGUAUGAAUCUUUGACGUUAAGAGUUUGUGGCGCUAAGAAUAUUAUGAUGUGAAAAUUAUGUGGCGCAAAGAGUCUACGACGUUAAGACUAUUUGACGUUAUGAGUAUAUGAUAUGUAUGUGGAUCCAAGACUCCCGGACUUUAAGAGUGUGUUGCAUUAAUAGUCUAUUGCAUUGAGAGGCUAUGUCUUUUAAGAGUAUGUAGGAUUAAUAUUAAUGUGUCAUUUACGAUGUUAAGAGAGUUUAGGGCGAUAUUUUAGAUCGCCCGCCCAGACUUUGAAGUUUUUAUAAGCAUGAGUUCAAGUUGCAUUCCUAAUGGCUAAAAAUGCCUUCAUUGUAUGCAGAUACAACAGACGACUGCAGUGACCAUUUUGAAGAUCGACUGUGGAUUUUGAAAGACAGCAAUAAAUCCACGUGAGCAAGGCCAUAUCUAACUAAUAUCUUCCUCUGGGAGAAAGGAUGGAAACAGGUCGCCAAGGAACAGAAAGGAACGAAACAGAUAGAGUCGAAUUUACAAAGCUUGUUUUUGUUUUCACGGGUGUAACGACAUGCAUUUAGAAAGCUUUUAAACGCCGGCGUUUAAAAGAAAAACAGGGUUCGUAAAUUCGGUCCAUGCGUUCUAUUUUCUAUUGAUGAAGGGUUAUGGUUGGGAAACUGAUCGUGACGGAUUAAGGUGGUGGGGAAACUGUUGUACCUACAGGACCGGAACUGGUAAGGUGGUCAGAAAUGGCAGAAGAUGCACGAGCUGUUCAUGCUUUGCGGAGUGUUCCAUCUGCUGGUUAUUUGCAAUGGUGAUCCAUUGCUUUGUGUUGCAAAGUGCGUUGAAGCACGAAUCUCGGGUCAUCUUUCUUUCUAAAUUGAUGCAAACUGCAAACGCAAUAGUAACUGUACGAGAUCAGAGGAUAGCAUUAAAAGGCUUUAAGAGUGUCUCUUAUUAAAACUAAUACGAUUCUUAUUCUGAGAUUAGCAAUACUGUUCACCGACAUAACCUAGAAUAAAACUUCACCUAGUCCUGUCAGGUUUAUUUGCUCUGGCAAAUCGGACUUAAAUAACCAUGUUAACUUGUUUUCUUGCUCGUUAUGAGAUGUAAGUGGCCUAUUCUGAUUACCUAUAUUUCAAACAAAAAUAUGUUUUAUUCAGUCUUUUAAUACUUUCAGAGAAAGACCCAAAUUUUAACUAUCAUACAUAUUUUGUUACGCAAAUGGGUGUACAGACUCUUUGGUCUCUCACACAUUUAAGUGGAGUGGAUAUAACUGAUGAUACCAAUGAUACUGAAUAUUUGUAUAUGUAUGUAUGCGUGAGUGCGUGCGCGCUUGCGCGCUUGCGUGUUCUUUCUUAUGUUUGGUUUCUAUGCACUACACGUAACUUGUCUUGGCUAAUGUUUUCUUAACGGAUUGAAUUCUCAAAAGAGCAUCACUGAAUUAGUUUCCAUCGUAACCAAAUCAAAUGAUACUAAGGACCAAAUUUGUUUUGUUUUUGUUUUCGCGGAGGUGUCCAUGUCUCCGGAUCAAUGAUUGCUUCAGAAGCGUCAUUAUUGUGUUUGUAAUUCUCCAGGCUGAAAUAAAACCAUUGGAAUCUCACACGCAGAAACAGUCCAUAUGUAUAUUUUGGUC